AUGUCUCCCAAACGCAUUCUCCUCACAGGUGCCAACGGCUAUCUGGCCCAACACAUCCUUUCGCAGCUCCUGUCCGCAGGACACUCCGUCCGUGGCCUCGUCCGCACCGCCUCCAAAGCCGCGCAGCUUGAAUCCACCUUCUCCUCUUCCCUUGCACAACUCGACGUGGCCUUAGUCCCGGACAUGACCAUCCCCGGCGCCUUCGACGCCGUGCUUCAAUCCGACCCCCCCUUCGACUGCGUAAUCCAUACCGCCUCCCCCUUCAACUACCGCAAAACCGCCGGGUCCUCAAAUAGAGAGAAAUUUUUGGAUCCGGCCAUCAAGGGCACGACGGAGGUGUUGGAGGGCAUUGCCAGGGUGGCGCCGGGCGUGAAGAGGGUGGUAUUGACGAGUUCCAUAGCAGCGGUUAUUGAUUGGACCGCGCCUAAGAUCACAACGCCGGCGAAAAUUUAUACGGGGGAGGAUUGGAAUCCGGUUUCGUUGGAAGACGCCGAGACGAGCAAGGUCAUAAACACGGCGUAUCAGGCUUCCAAGACGUAUGCGGAGAAGGCGGCGUGGGAUUUCGUGAAUGCUUCUGGUGCUUCGCAGGGGGCGGAGAAGCCGGGGUUUGAUUUGGUCACCCUCUGCCCGCCUAUGAUCUACGGCCCGCUUUACGACCCCGCUGAAUUCGGGAAGCCGGCGGAUUUGAAUCAGAGUACCUGGGUCAUCUACAACGGUUUCCUGCGCCCGGGUCUGAAAUCUACGGACCCGGUCCCGGAGAUGGGAUUGCAUCUGUAUGUGGAUGUCAGGGACAUUGCCAAGGCGCACUUGUUGGCGGCCGAGAUCCCCGACGCGGGCGGGAAGAGGUUCGUGAUAUGUGGGGGAAGUCUGAUGGGACAAAGGACCGCGGAUUUGUUGAGGGAGAAGUUGCCUGAGAAGAGGGGGGUUAUUCCUGAGGGGACGGUGGGGGGAUCGGGGGUUCCCGAGGGUUUGUAUAGGGCAAGUAGUGCAGAGGCGGAGAAGGUAUUGGGGUUGAGGUUUAGGGGGGCGGAGGAGACGUUGGGGGAUUUGGCGGGGCAGUUGGUGGAGAUUGAGGAGAGGGGUGGGCAGUAA